UUGCUGUCUGUUUCGGGCGGAUGCAGGCAGUUUUUUGUUCGGCUCCUCAAAAUUUUUUCCUGUUCUGCCGAAGUAGGACGUUUUGCUACGUAGCUCCCAUCAGUUUAAAUAUUUCCCAGUUGAAAGUGUUCGAUUUGAGAUUGAAUUGAAUCGAACCCUUUUUUGAGAUUCGUCCGUGCGUUGAGAUACGUAUUUUAUUGAACUAACAGUCUCUAAAAAUCUGCCACAUUCUCGAGUAAACUACUCGUACACACAGGCACUUAAUUGUGUAUCGUGUGUACGUGGCCGUUUCUAAACUUUAGAAAAAAGAAAAAGCGUUGUCAAAAAAAGUGUGGAAGUUUGAAAAUUGUGCAGAAUCAGUUCCACACGGAGUCAGGCGAGAUCAAUCGAUUGACGAAAUUGGCCCCGAAAAUCGAUUCCGAAGCUCUCCGUUUAUCGUGCGAAGCCAAUAGUGUGUCAAUUUGUUGAGAAGUUUUUGUUGGGCGGAAAUCAGUCAAGUGCUUCAAGGAACAUCGACCAGAUCGGUUCGGUGUUUAUUGAGAUCCAGGAAAUCCAAUUGCCACCGAGAAAGGAUCACCUGGUGAGGGUUAGCAGACAGAGCCUGAUUGUGCCCCGGAAGAUCGGCAGCCAGCCUUCGCGAUGGCUGAUAGUCCUGUAGAAAUCGAAGACGACAACGUUAUAGCCAAGACUAAGACCGAACAGGAUGUUGAAGAGCACGUUCUCGGCAGCACCGUGCAACUCUCGGACGGUACCCAGGGUCGGGUGUUUAGUCGAUCUGGUCGCAACAAGGAGGGCCAAAUCGUGUACUCGUGUCACCUGUGCGGAGUGGCCAACCUGCCGGGAGAGCGGGUCCUGCAGACCCACAUUGCUGGCCGGAAGCACCAGAGCCGGCUGAGCAUGCCAAUCGUGGAUGCCGAACAAUUUCGGACCUCCACCGCGCCGAAGGUGGUGAAGAUCCAAAUGGACAUUGCCCCGGGAGAGCCGGUUCCACCGGGCAUGGAGAACGAGGUUAAGCCCGUUGCCCAGCUGCAGGCCACGAUCGACAAGUUCAAGUCCGGCCCGAUGGUCGGGCUGGAGUACAUCAUGGAGCUGACGUCCAGCUGCGCCAAGGAACCCAGCUACCAGUGUAUACUGUGCGACAAAAAGGGCGAUCCCCGCACCGUGAUGGUUCACAUCACCAGCUUCACCCACCGUAUGAAGUUUUUGGAAAAGCACUACCCAACCGUGAUCAACGAGUUGGCUCCGUUCCGGGCCCAGAGGGGUGCUCUGGUCAAGGAAAUCCUGAACCGUGCAAUUCAAACGGUAUGCGAAGCCAUCGAGGACCACCACGGCCGGUUGACGCCGAAUGUGCAUGAAUCCAACGACUAUUACCGGAACAAGAUGAAGUACCUACAGGAAGUGCUGUUCGAUAAGCACUUUGACGAACGUACUGGACCCAAGUUUGUCGAGGUGAUCGACAAGAAGCUGCUCCAGGAACAGCUGGAUGCAAGCGGCGGAGGCGGACCGAGAAUUCUGGAAAAAGAUCCAUCCCCUCCGGUUGUUGCCGCACCGCAGAGGAAAGCCCGUUCCGGUCGAGCCGAUCGUAAAAGUUUGGACUCGAUCUCAAGCAUUGAUUCGGUGCAGAGUAUCUCUUCUGGGGAAUCCAAAAGCAAAACACGAAUUGUACCUCCGAGGGAAGGUGGUGGCGGUGGCGUCGUUGGUUUCGAUUCAUCUAUUUUUCCACGUCGCGUUUAUCAUCCAGCGUCCUAUCGCGAUUUCGACUCGAGACGUAGUCCGGACCCAUCCAGACGCAGUCCAGAAAGCCGUCGCAGUGUGGACCGCCGGCCAGGUUCUCCGUUACGUCGUAACAGUUCCGAGCGCCGUAGAAGUCCAAACCGACGCAGAAGUCCGUUGCCGUUCCGUCGCAGCCCAAUCGAGCGGCAUCGUAGCCGCAGUCCACGUCGACAUCGUUCACCCCCGCCAAGGCGUCGCCCGUCUCCCUUCCGACCUUCCAGGCGGUCUCCGCCUCCACGAAGGCGAAGAUCGAGAACUCCAGAAAAAGAGGUACGCAGCGCCGUCCCAACACCGAAGGAGCUGGCUAUACAAGCUUCGGCAAUCGCUCACGAACGCUACAAGUGGGAAAAGUAUCGCUGCUCUCUGGAGAUCGCCGUUACAUUGCUAGAGAAGACUUACAAGGAACACGAGAAAAAUCCCGAGAAGCAUCCUCUCUACCCGGAAGAAUGGAAAAAGUUUUGGAACCGGCGCUACAAAGAACUCCAGGCUGAAAAGAAGGAUCCUUCAAAGCAUGAUUUUAAACCCGAGUGGAUAGAGUACUGGACAAAGCGCAUGAAAGACUUGCAUAACGAAGAUAUUGAAAAGAAAAAGCAGGAACUCAAGAAAAAGUUAAACCUUCCCAACGAGGAAGAUGAUAAGCUAAGCUCGCUUAAAGAGCAGUACAUACUUAAAGUUUCUCAGAAGAAAAAAUCCAACACGGAGCCAAUCGAAUCGAGCGAGGACGAAGCCAUGAGCUCUAGACCGAGACGUGUGUCACGAAGUCCGAUCAGCGAUGCCGAGCUAGAUUGUGAUUCUCGACACAGCCGCAAAAGAACCACCAGCCGGGAAAGGGAGCGAGAAAGAGAUCGCGAUCGGGAUCGUGAACGUCAUCGUUCUUCAUCGUACGCAGCGCAGGACAACUACGACGACUGGGCCAAGAAUUACUACGGUCCCAACAAGAAGGUGUUUGUUCGUAAUGAACUGAACGUCGAGGAUUCCACCCCGCUCAAUUUCGUGGCCGUGUGCCGUUUGCUUACGGCUCUGGAAGAUCACCUGGGUAGUUUGGGUCCAAAGGUGAUCGAUCUGUUGUCCAAAUCGCUAGCUCUGGAGAAGGUAAAAGCUAACAGCGCGGACGAUUUACUGUUGAACGAAGACAACUGUAUGUUCUUGGAGACUGUUAAAGAAAAAUUGAAAGGUCAUUUGAUGGCUGACAUGCUGGAAAAGCACAAGAUUGUACCGGUAAAGAAAGCUAUCAAAAACAUUGCCAGUCUGUUGCAUGAAGCGUCCAAAAAGGAAAAGAUGAUACCGAUUGUUGAGAACAUGGGUGAAGCGCCAACACUCCCGACAACUGAAUCAGGCACUCUGGACAAGGCAGCGAUUGCAGCAAAACUGGCUGCCAACUUGGUAGCUCAAGGCAAAACAGACUUUACCGCGGAAGAGUUGGAGCAGCUCAUUAAUGUUUAUGUGGCCAUGGCCCAAGCAUCGAAGGAAAAAGAAAAGCCUCUCACGACAAGCAGUUUUCUCUACGAAGGUGGUCCAUCAAAACGACCUGAUAACAAAGCAGAUCGUAGAGAUGACAGCCAUUCCAAGGAUAGCUCUGAUAACGUCGAAUCCAAUGCCCUGGAAGGUUUAACCGAUUCCGAUUUACAAACGCUGCUUCAGAAUUUCAAAGACCUUUCCAACGAAGAGCAGUUACACUUAAUAUCACAUCUCAAAAAACUUGAAAAAACCGAUCCACUGAGGGUGGAAAAACUUCGUAGAUAUGUGAAUUUGGACGAUGAACCGUCCGGUAAUGACCCGAGGAAAGACUACUACGACGACCUCGAUGACGAUCAGCACUACCAAAACGUUCGGGAGUUUGACGAUGUUCAACCGGACGACUCUGACAUUGGCAAUCCUGACAUUCGAAAUCCUAUCAAAUCUUUGGUAUCUGGAGGCUACAGAAGUCCCGAUCCGUACAGUCAGAAAAAGUUGCUCGAUUCAGAAGACGAAGACGAUUACAGCUAUGACGAUGUUGUUCGGGCCGCCUCUAAAAAUCUACCCCCUUCCAGCAACAAACCCAGCACCAGCUCAGCAACUCCACGUAACGACUUCAUGAGCGACAAUUACGAUGCCAGCUCAAACUUUUCUCGCACUAGUAACGAUUACAACAGCCAGAAGGAAAUGCAAAACACUAUCUCCAAUAUGAUGAGUUCCCUGCCGAAAUCCAACUUCGGGCAGGCACAAAACUACAACAACCCGAUCAACACCAUCGGCCAAAUGCCCGGCGAACCACGAAAACAAUCUUCUAUUUACGAUAACCAUCCGAAUCCGGUCUACGGAAAUCAAAUCCCGGUCGCAGUAAGACCUCCCACAGCACCAACAGAACCGUUUAUGAACCAAAAUCGACCACAAUUCGCACCGAUCCAGACGGCCAACACCAGCAUGAACAGCAUGCCCUACUACUAUCAACAGCAGAUGCGUGCCCAGCAGCAAAAUGCUCAACCAACUCAACAGCAGCAGCAGCAGCAGAUGCGAAUGGGCUAUCCGGGUGUUCCCGGAGGUGGUCAGUUCGGUGGUCAAGCUGGUAUGCCGCCUGGACCCAACGGCCAGAACCCCUACAUGUGGCAACAGCAGCAGCAACAACAGCAACAAGCACCACCGCAGGGAGGUGCCCCGCAGUACCCAUAUGGUAACAACUUCUAUUAGAUGGUGGCAUUUUGUUUUUAAAUUUACCGAUAAGAACAAUUAAUGUGGAAGAGUAUAAACCAAAUGGUAUUGAAAAUUCCACUUUACUCUUAUAUUACGCUGGACAAGAUUAAUUAUGUAAGGAAACUCUUAUCCUAUAUUGAUGUAUAUAAUGAAAAAAGAACCCCCUUACCCAUGGAUUUUAGUGAGUAAUAUAAAAAAAA